AUGGCCGGGGCCCCGGGGCGCCAGGCUCUGGGGGGGCUGUGGCUGGGGGGGGCCGCGGCCCUGGGGGUGCUGGCCUGUGUCAUCGCCCUUAUGGCCCAGCAGGCCCACCUGGGAGCCCUGCGGGGGGAACUGAUCCAGCUCCGGGGGGAGCUGACGGCCGCCAGGAGGGGAGAGACCAGGCCCCCUGGAGAGACGCAGGGGCCCGGGGAGCUGGAGUCCUCCCUGGCUGUGGGGGUCCAGGCCCCCGUGGUUUGGCGAAGGGGGAAAAGGGGCUCCGAGGGGAAGUCAAGGCAGCAGGACCAGCGGCAGCAACACAGGAAACGCUCGGUUCUGCACCUGGCCCCCAGCCAUCGCUCCACCAACAAUGAGGGGGACAUGACUGAGAUCUGGUGGCAGCCUUUCCUGCAGCAGGGCCCGGCGCUGGAAGUGAGUGGUCCGGACGUGGCCGUGAAGCAGACAGGAUUGUACCUCAUCUACAGCCAGGUGCUGUUCCACGAUCCCACGUUCACCAUGGGGCAGGUGCUGUGGCGGGCGUCGGCCGGGGGGCCGGGGCAGAUCCUGCUGCGGUGUGUCCAGAGCAUGCCCCGCGAGCCGGAGCAGGCUUACAACAGCUGUUACAGCGGAGGCGUUUUCCAGCUGCAGCGCGGGGACCAGCUGAGUCUCCGGGUGCCCCGGGCCAACGCGUCGCUAGAUCUCAGCCCACACGGGACGUUCCUGGGCCUGGUCCGCCUGUAG